UUAUUAUGAAAACCGUCAUGGCUGCGCCCACAUACCGCCAUAGUUGAUUCCAUUUUUGAAAAGUGACAAUUCCAAUUUUGACACGUACCUCUUUAAAAUUCUCCUCGAAACAACAGUCAAUCCUCGGUGAAUCGUCCUGAGAUAAUCAGUGAAAAUAUCAAAGAAUUCRCAUGACAAAAUACCACGAAAAAGAUGACUAAUAGCAAUAUGACGUGAAGUAGGUUACAAGUAGCAGCGGGAGAGGUUGUGUUGUUGCUUGUUUCUGUCCAGUGAGUGUUAAUACAAAAAAGUCACAAGUAAUAAAUUAUUUGCAAGUGGCUUAGAGUAGGACCAUCUCUAUAUCUUCAGUGUUUGUGUUUAAAACUACCCGCCGAGAAUGUCGAAAAAACCGACCACACAGCCGGCCCUUCAUAAGGUCAUUAUGGUUGGAAGCGGGGGCGUCGGCAAAUCAGCCCUAACCCUCCAAUUCAUGUACGACGAAUUCGUCGAGGACUACGAGCCGACCAAAGCAGAUUCUUACCGGAAAAAAAUCCUCCUCGACGGCGAAGACGUCCAGAUUGACAUCCUCGACACUGCUGGUCAGGAAGACUAUGCCGCAAUCAGAGACAACUAUUUCCGAAGCGGCGAGGGCUUUCUAUGUAUCUUCUCCAUCACAGAGGAUGAGAGCUUUCAAGCCACUCAAGAAUUUAGAGAGCAAAUCUUGCGCGUGAAAAACGAUGAAAACAUUCCCUUUUUGUUAGUUGGGAACAAAAGUGACCUUGAAGAGCGGCGAAAAGUCUCGUUUCAAGAAGCCAGCGACAGGGCCAAGCAGUGGGGGGUGCCCUAUGUGGAAACCUCGGCUAAAACGCGGGAGCAUGUCGAUAAGGUUUUCUACGACCUGAUGAGGGAAAUCCGCGCUCGCAAAAUGGAAGAAAACAAAACAAACAACGGUAGAGGCAAAGAUAAAAGUAAAAAGAAGAAAUUGAAAUGUACCAUACUAUAGAGAAUGUCAGAUUGUUAUGCUUAAGAAAUAGUCAUAAUCCGUUUUAUAUGACAUGGAAACUUUGUAUGUAAUAUAUGUAUUUGUAUGUUUGUAUUUCAUAUCAAAUUUUAGUUACAUUUCAUAGGGUUAUGGCACUUGAUUAGCCACCAUUGUACCCUCACUUAUAUUUUUAAUCUUUUGUUAUGAUAGUUGUUAAGAGUGUAAAUGUUCGUAGUUUUAAGAAAUAAUUUAUUUAUGAACUGUUUAUUAUUGUGUAAAACAACUUACAUUUUAUUACACAAUCAUACAUCACCAGUAUUUCUAUGUUUAUUUUUCAGAAAUGUUUUGCACGAUAAUUUCAGUUUUGUUUUGCUUUUAAUGUAAGUUAUCAUAGGAGAAAUACUAUUAUUUAGCAAUUUGUAACUGGAAUAUUAUUUUCGCUACAAAAUAGUCAGAUCUAUAAAUCUACGAGGGAAGUAUAUUUUCAUACUUUUCAUUAAGAAGUUUUCUGUAAAGUGUACUGCCAUCGCAAUAUGUUAUAAUCUUAUAAUAAAAUUUUACUCACAUUGAA